AUGUCAAUACAAAGAAACGCGAAAAGACUUAGAAUUUCAAGUCAUCGAAACAGAUGGGAUAAAUCUGUUAGGGCGAAACGAUUGUACAAAUUUGGGGCUCAUAGCCAGAAUCAACACAUGCACACAGUGCGCGAAACAACCGAGCAAAUAAUAAAUCAAUACAGUGAUGUCGUAGGAGAUGAAAUAGGGUGCAUUCCGGGAGUGUAUGAGGUGAAAGUAGACAAGUCUGUGAAACCCGUAGCACCAAGACCAGUUCCAGCGCCCAUCCGUAGUCAGCUGAAGAAUGAGUUAGAUCACUUAGUGAAGUGUGGAAUCAUAAAACCUGUGAACAAACCAACAAAGUGGGUCAACAGUAUGGUGGGGUACUACCACAUAAAACUGGCAACGGAGAGUUCGUAUCUAACAACAUCCAACACUCCGUUUGGACGAUACAGAUACCUGCGUAUGCCAAUGGGAACAAAGUGUUCCAGUGAAGUAAAUCAUUUCGGUGAUUUAGAAGGAACAGAAUUCGUAGUUGAUGACAUCCUGGUUCACGGAAGAACAUUGGAGGAACAUAACGCAAGACUGAAGGCGGUUCUUGAGAAAGCUCGUCAGAUAAAUCUGAAACUGAACAAGUCAAAAUGUGUUAUAGGCAAGUCUGAAGUAAACUACGUGGGUCAUACUUUGACAGGUGACGGAAUGAAACCUACAGAACAGCCAUAG